AUGUCGUUGGGAGUCCAAUGUUCCGUCAGAGACGCCGAAAGCGAUCCCAGACAAACAUUCACGGCCAUUCUGGGGAUUCUUCAGCGGUCGAAGGCUCCCGUUACUGUCUUGCACUUCGACCAUGGCCACAUCCUAACCGCCGAUAUCCUCUAUGCAGUCAAAAAGACCCCCACCCUUGAAGACCUGCGCCUCGCCGACGUUGAUGAAGCUGUCGUCGACAAGGUUCUCCUUGAGCUGAUCUUGAAGCCUAACGGGCCGGCCUUCGUGCCAAGCUUAGGCACGCUAUACCUCAGCGAAGCGCUUCUCCCUCACAUGCAUACCUUGAGAGAAUUGCUUGAGUCACGAUGGACUCUUGCUGAUACAUUUUCCCCUCCAGUGCGACGCCUCGCCGAAGUGAGCCUAUGA